CAUCAUCACCCACCUCACCAAUACCCCAACCACCACUACUACUCUCCAUCUUCGUCCUCUUCCUCCAACGACGACGAGGGUUCGCUUCUCCGAGGGUUCGCCAUUGUAGGCAUUGGCGAUGGAUCUACUCCUCGUGGAGAAGGCGCUGCUGGGGCUCUUCGCCGCGGCGGUGGUGGCGGUCGCGGUGUCGAAGCUCCGGGGGAAGCGGUUGAAGCUCCCGCCCGGGCCGCUCCCCGUGCCCGUGUUCGGGAACUGGCUCCAGGUCGGGGACGACCUCAACCACGGUAACCUCGCGGCGCUGGCGCGGCGCUUCGGCGAGAUCCUGCUCCUCCGGAUGGGGCAGCGCAACCUCGUGGUCGUCUCCUCGCCGCCGCUCGCCCGCGAGGUGCUCCACACCCAGGGCGUCGAGUUCGGCUCCCGCACCCGCAACGUCGUGUUCGACAUCUUCACCGGCGAGGGCCAGGACAUGGUCUUCACCGUCUACGGCGAGCACUGGCGCAAGAUGCGCCGGAUCAUGACCGUCCCCUUCUUCACCAACAAGGUCGUGCAGCAGUACCGAGCGGGCUGGGAGGAGGAGGCCGCGCGCGUCGUCGACGACGUGCGCGCCGACCCGCGCGCGGCGACGGAGGGGAUCGUGAUCCGGCGCCGGCUCCAGCUCAUGAUGUACAACAACAUGUACCGGAUCAUGUUCGAUCGGAGGUUCGAGAGCAUGGACGAUCCCCUCUUCCUCCGCCUCCGAGCCCUCAACGGCGAGCGGAGCCGCCUCGCCCAGAGCUUCGAGUACAACUAUGGCGACUUCAUCCCCAUCCUCCGCCCCUUCCUCAGGGGCUACCUCAAGAUCUGCAAGGAGGUCAAGGAUCGCCGGUUGCAGCUCUUCAAGGACUACUUCCUUGAGGAGAGGAAGAAGCUAUCGAGCACGAAGCCGGCGGACAACGCGGGGCUGAAGUGCGCCAUCGAUCACAUUCUCGACGCGCAGCAGAAGGGAGAGAUCAACGAGGACAACGUCCUUUACAUCGUCGAGAACAUCAAUGUUGCUGCCAUCGAAACAACACUCUGGUCGAUUGAGUGGGCGAUCGCCGAGCUCGUGAACCACCCUAAGAUCCAGAAGAAACUCCGCGACGAGCUCGACGCGGUGCUCGGGCCGGGCGCGCAGAUCACGGAGCCGGACACGCAGAAGCUGCCCUACCUACAGGCCGUGAUCAAGGAGACGCUCCGCCUCCGCAUGGCCAUCCCGUUGCUCGUGCCGCACAUGAACCUCCACGACGCCAAGCUCGCCGGGUACGACAUCCCUGCAGAGAGCAAGAUCCUGGUGAACGCGUGGUGGCUCGCCAACAACCCCGACCACUGGAAGAACCCAGAGGAGUUCCGGCCCGAGCGGUUCCUCGAGGAGGAGAAGGGCGUCGAGGCCAACGGCAACGAUUUCAGGUACUUGCCAUUUGGCGUCGGCCGGAGGAGCUGCCCGGGGAUCAUCCUCGCGCUGCCGAUCCUCGGCAUUACGAUCGGGCGCCUCGUCCAGAACUUCGAGCUGCUGCCGCCUCCGGGACAAGACAAGGUGGACACAACCGAGAAAGGCGGGCAAUUUAGCCUCCACAUUUUGAAACACUACACCAUCGUCGCAAAGCCCAGGGUGUUCUAAGAAGUUUUUUUUUUUUAAGUCUUAUAUAUCGAUCGAUCUACUCCCUUGGUUUGUUGUCCUUAUUAAAACUCCUCCCCUUUUGAUUUCCAAAGGAGUGAAGCGUCCGGAACAUAGCGGAUAAAACUAAAAUGGUGUAUUAUUAUUAUUAUUAUUAUUAUUAUUAUUAUUAUUAUUAUUCUAGUGUAAAUUUGUGGGAGAAUUUAUGUACUCAAAAUUAUAAGUAAGAGUUGUUGUAGUGGCGCCUGAGACAAUAAUUAAUGGAUUAUUUCUGUUCUUCAGUUUUUUAA